AUGACGUAGCAAUAGGAGUUGAACAUUGUCGCCUCUUGUCGUAUUUUGAUAUUGUAUAUGCGAUUAGGAAUUGUGCAUAACGCCGCACAAAUUAACGACAUUUUAACAUUAAAAUUUACGUCUAUUUUGAUUUUGUAUAUAAAUAUGUACAAAAAAAGUUGCAUGUGAUAUUGCACAGCAAAUUAACAACAUUUUAACAUUGGCAUUUACCUCACAUUUUGAUUCUAAAUAUUUUGUAUUUUUCCGCACAAAUAAGUGACAUUUUAACAAUACAGAAGCGUUUAUAUACAUUAAUUAUGGAGCCUGCUGGCAUGGAAACCGAUGUAUUGGAUCUUCCUGCAACCACUGAGUCUGAUGUUCCAUUGUCUGUGGAUGAGAGGGUUGAUGCUAAGCCUGUAAAAGUUGAUGCUGUUGCACAAGAGGGAAGUGAAGGAGCUGAACAAAGUGGAGAAGUUAAGGAAUCUGAUUCCGCUGCUGCAGUCGAAGAUGAACCAAUGGAGCAAGAGAUAGAAGGUAACACAGCUGAUGUAGCAGAAGAUACAGAAGUUGAAAGUGGUUUGGGAGCAUUGGUUAAUAAUGGUGGUGCAAUUGUAGAUGGUGAAGCUGAGGCAAUACCUGCUGAUCAAAGCACUGAAGCUGCUGUAGCUCCGAUUGAAAGCACAGAAACACCUUCUGGGGAGCAAUCUGAGACCACUGAAGCUGCCCAAACUGACUCUGGCAUUGCAGAAGCAAGCUUGGAAUCUAGUACUCAAGUUGAAGGACAUGAGAACCUUCUUCAAGCUGCAAUAAAUGCAGCAGAGAACAGCACAGACUUGUUGGAACCAACAGCUACUGUUCUACCAACCACUGAAUUUAAUGAAGAAUUUCAUAAAACUGAUAGUAGUGUUAAACCCAAACCACAACCUGGUUCAUUCAGCCUUGGGGUUCCUGGUCUUACAUUUUCUGCUCAAAACUUGAAAGUGGCAAGUGAUGGAACUAAGAUGGUUCAAAUCCACCAAUCACAAAUCACUCCUUCCCAACUUAAAGCUCUACAAGCCAAUCCGAAUAUAAAGGUUGUCUUUCGUCAUAUACCAUCUGGUAAGAGCUUUACCACUCCCCCUAAGAACUUGUUCCAAUCCAAAGCCACCAAGAGGAAAGUAAGUGAAGAUGGAACAAUGGACGACUCAAUUUAUAACUUUGAUGAUGAUUUUGAAGAUGACAUGAUAAUGGCUCCGCAACCACGGACCAAGUUUUCAAGGAUGACAAACGGAAACGCAAAGUAUGCAAGGUAUAAUCCUAAUGUUGGGUUAAAGAAGCGAGGUCCAGGUCGGCCAAGGUCUAUCCCUGAGGGUAUGGGUAUGAUGGGACUUCAUGGAGGGAAGAAACCUGCCUUACCUGCACAGAUAAUGCUUACAGAUGCACUUGCAAAACUCAACAAUCCAAACGCAACACAAACGAUUAAAGUCCACAUGAGCCAAGUUACGCAUGAUAUUCUAAUCAACAUGGAGCUUAACCCUGCGUAUAACAUCGUGCUCACUUCUAAACAUGAGGCAACUGAAAGUGAAGACCCGUUACAAGAUCUUGUUAAAGAGUGGGAAGAAAAAGAGCAAGAGGAAAAAGAGGAGGAGACCCCAACAACUAUCGACCCCAGCAGUGCUACCACAGGAAUUGAAGAAGCAUCUGAAUCCAUGGAAGUAAAAGAAGAAGCUCCUAUUGAAGAAGAGCCUUUUGUUUUGGAUGAGGAAGAGAUAGCCCGCAUUCAGAUGGAGGAAGAAAAGGAAGCAGAUGAGAGGCUUGCUGCCGAGCAACAACGGCUUCGUGAUAUCAGGAAAGAGAAAGAGGAAGCCGAUCUUCUUGCUGCUGCGCUUACAGAAAAACCUUCACGAUCUGGGAGGAUUAGGAAACCUUCAAGGUUUUCCUUGGAUAUUGCGAGGUUAACCAAGCGCACCAAGAGUGGGUACACCUCUGGUGAUGAUGACCCCCCAAUAACUCCACCUCCUGCCUCAAAGAUGUCACCCCCUCAAGUUAAAUCACCCACACAAACCCCACAACCCAUACAAGACCCGGGGAAAUCUGUGAAAAGAAGUAGGGGCCGGCCAAAGAAAGAAAAACCCUUGGAGAUUGUUAAUUUGGAGGAAAAUAAGGAAGAGACAAAGAAUGAAGUGGAGGCGGCCAUUUCUACCCCGGAGAAAUCUGCGUCCUCUCCUCAAAGGAUGGAUGGGGUUCCUCGUGUGAUGAUGUCUCCCGCUGAUAAGAGGAUGGCAGAUAGUGUCCUGGAGGACAAGGAGGAAGAUCAGGCUAAAAGUGAUGCACAGGAUCUGGUGGAGGGUGCUAAAGAUAAACUGGAAGAAAAAGGAGAGAAAACUGAAAAAGGGGAAGAACAGAGCAAGAUAGAUGAAGUGAAGAAAACUGAAGAAGUGGAAAAAGAGUGUACCAAAGAUGAAGAAAGCAAACCUGAAGGUGAAGCUAUGGAAGUAGGAGAGCAAAGCAAAGAUCAGGUUAAAGUUUUGGAUGAUGAUAAAAAAGAAGAAGAAGGGAGUUCAGAAAAAACAGAUUCCAAGGAUGAAACAGGAGAUGCAGAGGUCAAAACUGAUGAAGCUAGUGAAGUUUUGGAUAAAGAUGCAAACAUUGAAACUACAUCCGUUGAAACUGAAAACAAAGAAGGGGAAAAACCAGAGCAAAAAGAAGGGGAAAACCCAUCAGAUAUUCUCGCUCGUAAGUUGGAUAUAAUGUCUCCAGAUGGUGAAGCAAAAGAUGAGAAGAAUGAAGAAACCAAGCCUGAAGAUGAAUUGAAAGACUUUAUUGAGGAAGAAGGUGAUGUAGACAACAAAUAUCGACUUCGUAAGUUGUUACAACAAUGUUCCAUUGAUGAAAUACGAACAGUAGCUAUACCUUGUGCCAUGCAAAGUUUCAGCUUUGGUGAUUUCUUCCUUUACAAGUCUGGACAAAUGUCAAAGCAGCAAUGUAACUACUCAGCAUUAUACCAACAACUUGAACAACUACAUAGUGCAGUAGAGAAGGAAUCAAUCAGAUACAGCACCUUGUUAAGGAGAGCUAAUAAAGUGGGUGGGGAUAGAAGGAUGGACAAAGUUAUACUAAUGCCAGUUUAUAACAAACAGGCAGCAGAGUCACUUAACAUCAACAGUUCAAGCAUCGAUGCUCAUAUAUGCGGCAUCCACCAACGUACAACCUCACAGAUGAUCGCUGCUAAUUCAUUCAGGAUGGCGUGUAAAAUGGAACCACCAUUACACAGACUCACACUGCCCGAUCUCACAGAUAAAGCGUUUCAGGCUCGUAAAAAGAAUCGUUUGAACCCACCCAAAGUUCCAUACCAGAAGGCUACUUAUCAUGAAUCUAGUGCUAAUUAUGUGAGGAAAGACUCAAGGUAUACUCCAGGUUGGAAGAGGGGAAGUAGUGGUUAUCAAGUAAGGAAACCAAAUUAUCUCCAACCUGGAUCACAAACUACAUUACAAGAGCAAGCUAGGUUACAAUUAGCAAGUCGCCAUCAAUCACAACUCAAUGCAACUCAAUCAACAACAGAAGGAACUGAAAACAACACCAGUGUUACAAUGGCACAAAGUAAUGAGGCUGGUAGUGCAGCAGCAACCAGUGAACUUGCGACAGCCAUGGAUACAAACACCACUACCACUGACCAGGAAGGCACCACUAUGGUGAUGGAUGAUGGGUCAGGGGGGUUGGUGUCCGCAGAGGAGGGUAAACAAUUAGUGUCAAUCGGUGACGGUCAAUACGUGGAACUACCUGAAGGCUACACCCUCAUACAGACCGACGAUGGUUAUAUAAUAGGACAACCAGGAGCAACUUUUGUGCAGGGUGAAGAUGGCAAUGUUUACAUGACAAGCACAGAGGAAAACACUGAAGCAACAGACCAGGUGCUGACCACUACUGCUCAGAUGAGCGACCAACCUGCUGAGGCUUCUGUGGUCCCACCUCUAUCAGAGACUUGAGCAUUUGGGAGCAAACAUGGAUGCUACGACUCUAUUGUUCUAGUUCCAGAUGUCUAUGAUGUUUUAUGCAUGUUCGAAUAUCUCUGUACAGCAUAUCAUGGACCGUGGGCUUGAUAGUGUAUAUAAUACUCUGUAUUACCAUUCCAACAAAUCAUAGCACAACAACAACUACAACAAGUUUCUACAGAAAGACAAAAAAAGUGCUGUUGAAAAAUUGAUUUCACUUUGGGUUUGUUUUCAGAGAUGGUUUUUUUAACUUUACAUGGAUAUAAAGAUUUUUACAAAACUUGUUUCACUUUUAAAACAAGUAGGAUGAUAACUUGAAGAUGAAGUCGUGGCUAUUUAGAGGUAAUUGUGCCAACUGUGGCCAAAAUUUCAGGUUAGGGCCUAUGCAUAGAUAAGCUAGCAAUAAUAUUUCUAUUUUGAAGUGUUUCGGAGCUUUAAAAUGACAGCUACAAUAUAAGAUACAAAUGAUUACAGUG